AACUGAAGCCACACUUGACAACCCGCAGUUUAGCUAAAAACAACUGAAUUUUGAUAACAGAAAACCCAAUAAAAUAACUAUUAAAAUGCAUUGCAACAAGAUAAUCCUUCAACUGCUUGCCUGUUUUGCGACCCUGGAGCUGGUCUUCGGUUAUCCCCAGGAGCGUAUUACUUCAGCGGAACAGAUCCAAAGACUAAGCGACGCCAACGGUGGAGAAAAUCAAGCACUUAAAUCCAGUGAGGUCCUCGAUAACCUGUACAGAUAUGAGAGAACUUUGAGCAGAUUCCGAAGAGCUCUGGAGGAGCUGGCCUAUGAAGAGGCGGCUGAUGACAUGGAGCUGGCCGAGAUCAAUGUAUUCCGACCUCUUUUCCGUUACCGAUCUCAGGUGGUGAGGGCAAAGAAUCCCCAGCAACAGCAGUUUGGCUAACUGAUUAAUAGAACUUAGUAAUUUAAGCUUUUCACCUCGACACAUUUCCAAAAAACUGAUCAUAUACCAUUGAUAUUUUUAUACAAACCUAGACUCUUAAGAAAUAAAACAAAACUUAUUUAUAUUGUUAAA